AUGGCAGCUACUUAUUUAGAAAAUAUUUUUGUAACUAUCUAUCAAAAUUAAGGAGCUUAUGACAUUUAUCUUUUAGAAAGCGCAUAAACUGGUAAUAAUUAAUUGGAUUUUUAAGUGUUAGACCAAGCUAACUUUGAGUAAGGAGAAAUGAAAAUAGAUGAAAAUGGGAUUGUUUGUAUAAUUAAUUUUGAAAGAUAAUAUGCAGAUAACUCUUCAGAAAUUAAUAUUUAUAGCUAUAAUGAUUAAAAUUAUUUGCUCGCUGACAAUAUUGAUCCUUAGUUCUUAAGGUCACUUUAUGGGCAAGGAUACUAACUUUAACUUUCGAAUCCUUCUCUAAUCUAAACAUCUGCUAAUAUUUUUAACAUGCAAGAAUAUAUUGCUAUACCUGCUAUCAACUCAAAUAAUGAUUCAGUUAUAUUAAUUUUUAGAAUAUAUCAAGUCAACUCUUAAAAUUAGCUUUACUGCUCUAUACCAGUAGAUCCUAAUAUCUUUAACAUAUCCUUCUUCGGAAAUAAACUUAUUGGUUUCAUCAACACAAAUAUCGAUAUGGAUUAUAAAAUUUCAUAGUAGAAAUUUAAUUAAGAUUUUUAAUUCACCAUGUCUACUUAGAUUUUAAUAGAUUCGAAUUUAAAAAAUCUAAAAAAAAUAACUUAAGAAGAUUAGCAUAUGAUUUUUAAUUUCAAAUUCUAAAAAAAUUUAGCUUCAUAAUAAGGUUAUAUAAAUAGGCAAUCUGAUGGAAUUUUAUCUCUUUAAAAUUACUAUGACUCUUAAGUUUUAAAAGUAAAUGAUCUCUACUAUUUCAAUGAUUUUAAUACUUAUUACGGCAAUUUUCUAGGUUGGCAGAUUACCUACAGUUUAAACAACAUAGAUUUAAAAAUGUAUCUUCAGAAUAGCUUAAUUAGCAAAUAAAACAACGGAAUUAAUGCAUAUGAUACUAUUUUGUUUGGAGAAAUAAUUGUAAUGACCUACUAAAAUAAAUUAAUUUUUCAAAAUAUUUUUAGCAUGAAUCUUGGCUAGAAUCUCGAUUACUGCUAUUUGCAAACCGAUGAAUCAUCAAUUAUGAUCACAUUAGAUCCUCUUAUCAAUAAAAAUAUUAUUAAGCAAACAUUUUUUACUCUUUGCUUAAAUAAAUAAGAUUCUUCUACUUAAUAAUUUAAUAAAAUAACUGUUUUAUAAUAGCCUUAAAUGUACAGCUAAGAUCCAUAGAUUUAAAUUAUUUCAAAUUAAUCAUGGAUUUCUACUUCUAUUUAAUUUGAUAAAAACGUAUAAGUUUUAAAUAAAAUAUCUAAUGAUCCAAAUUUAGGCCUUAUUGCUUUAAUCUAAUAGCCUUAAAUUAUAGGAUAGUCUAUUUGUUAAAUAGUACUUUCUGAUUAAGAAGAAGGACAAUUUACAUUUAAUUGCUCCGUUUAUGAAAAAAUGAGGCUUUUAAAGCUAGUUUACUUUAUGUGGAGCUAUCAGUGUUAAUCUAAUAUUUUCUUUACUCAAGAUGGGUUUGCAUAUUACUAAAUUUCUAAAAAUUUUGACUCAUUUUAAGUAAUCAAUAUCAAAGAUAUUUUAAAUAAUUUGAAUUAUAAUGUUGAUUAAGGAAGUCAGGUUUCAAAAAUGAUAUUUAACAAAUAGUAAUUAUUUGAAAACAUAAAAUGUAUUGAAUAUUUUACAGAGCCAAACUAUAUUUUUAAAGGAUUUGCCAGCUAAUCAAGUAAUUAAAGCCAAAUUAACUACCCAACACUAUAAAAAACUCAUACAAAUAUUAGAUUAUUGAUUAAGCUUAGCAUAAUGGCCAGAUGA